UUCUCAGUGACUACAAUACUGUGUGUUGUAGGAUUACAAAUUUACGAUAAUAAUGUUUAACAAUAUCGUAAUAACUUGUUCAAAUUGCGCGAUUUACGUCAUUCACUCGACACUAAAUAUCGCUCAUUGCGUAAAAAAAUUCCAGUUGCCCGCGCUACCAAAUUCAUUUAGAAACUUCGUAGCAGUAUUUCUAAAAAAUAACCUCAAUUAUUAAAAUCGUCCGGAAAAUGGCAGAGCGCAAAAAAGAUGGCGUCGGGCGUGACGUCACCGACCUGGCCAUGGGUGGCGUGUCCGCCAUGUUCGCCACACUCUUCACUAACCCUAUUGAGGUUGUCAAGACCCGUCUCCAACUGCAAGGCGAGCUAAAGGCCCGAGGGCACCACGCGGUGCACUACAAAAGCGUGGCACACGGCCUUUACGUCGUCGGGAGGACCGAAGGCCUGGCAGCGCUGCAGAGCGGCCUGCCUGCUAUGCUGGGGUUCCAGUUCUUCUUGAACACGUUUAGGUUAGGCGUAUACCGCAUUUCCGAACGCCGCGGCCUGACCACAGACUCCAGCGGCCGAAUUUCAAUAUUCAAGGGUGCCUUAGCAGCAGGCGUAGGGGGUGCGCUGGGGUCCAUAGCGGGUACCCCCUUCUUCCUCGUGAAGACGAGGCUUCAAGCUCAAGCGGCACAGGCGAUCGCGGUGGGGCAUCAGCAUAAACACGCUGGCACCUUUGGGGCGCUCGCUGAUAUUUACAGAAGGGAAGGCGUGAGAGGUCUAUUCCGAGGAGUUCAGCCUCAAAUCCCUCGCGGCGCAGUCGGCAGCAGUUCCCAAAUGGUCAGCUUCUCCUUCGCCAAGGAACAACUCCUGGAACGCGGAUGGUUCAAAGACAGUCCACUGCUGCUGUCGUUUGCGGGUGCCAACCUGGGCGGCCUGGUCAUGACGGUGUGCCUGAACCCGUUCGAUGUAGUCGCUACCAGGCUGUCUAACCAAGCGGUGGACAGCCAAAACCGCGGUCUUCUCUACAGCGGCAUGACGGACUGUUUUGUCAAGAUGCUUCGCGCGGAGGGCUCGCGCUCGCUGUUCAAAGGCGUCGGAGCCAACUACACUCGCCUCGGGCCUCAUACUGUGUUACUACUGGUUUGUUGGGACCAACUAAAGGCUCUCGAAGACAGGAUACGCAGCUAAAAGUUGUUGGUAAAGUCCGGUCGCCGAGCAGAUAGAAUUUCGUCGAAUGACCCCCAGCUACCACCCAUCCUUAUCGCUCGCGUGUUAUUAGAUUGCUGUCGCGCUCGCACACUCACUGCGGCCAUUAAUUCCCCUUUUGUAAACUUUAGUUGAUUUCCCUGGCCUUUUACUACUGGUUUGCUGGGACCAGCUGAAGGCUCUCGAAGACGGGAUACGCAGCUAAAAGUUGUUGGUACAGAUCGUUUCAUCAACGAAGACGCGCCCCACCACCUUUUGGUCGGGGGAAGCGCGGGGUGCGGAGAGUUUUAUCCGACCAAUCCGAGCGUCAUUGUUUGUUGGCAUUGGCAGCGUUGCAAUUGGAUAGUUGUCAGUAAGUGCGCGCGCACACAACAAUAUAACUUUUAGUUAUAGUAAUUCCAUAUAUGCGUGUUUGUUUUGUUGGUUGUCUAAUAAAAUAAAAUAAAUAAAUAAAAUAUCAGGCUCCCCGAACCCCGCGUUUCCCUCGACCGGGGAGUGGUGGGGCGCAUCUUCGUGGAUGAAACGUCUAGAGAUCUAUAAUUAAUUUCCCUGGCCUUUUCUUCGCUGUCCCCGUAUUGGGACAUUAUGCGUGGUUUGGGAAGACAGGAUACGCAGCUAACCUGCUUGGUGGUUAAUAUGACUGGGGUUUUUCUCUAUUUUGUUCCCUUGGGACAUAAGUUACGCCAGAAAGGUCGCAACUAACCUAUGACCAAUAAAGUGUAAGUACAAAAUGUUUAUUUACUUUGUAGACUAUGUAAUGAUUAUGUCACAUUACAAAUA